UUUUGGAAAAAUACCGAUACUGGUGCGAUCUACAACCCACCCAAUCAUUACAGAGAUGAAUCAACACCUCCGCGUUCCCCAAUAGACGAUAGUUAUGCGAUUAUCGAUACUGUAACCUCAAAUCGUCAAGGACCGCCAAGAAAUUGUACAUCCGGCACAGUUGGAUGCAUUCCAAAAUGUUUCGCGGAAAAGGGUAACCGUGGUUUUCCCGGUGAAGCUGGACCCCCCGGACCGACGGGCUUGCCUGGUUAUCCAGGUCCUGAAGGUCCACCCGGCGAUAAGGGCCAAAAAGGCGAUCCAGGUCCGCUAGGUCCUCGCGGUUAUAAGGGUGAACGCGGUGUUCCCGGUAUUCCUGGUAUGCCUGGAGUACCUGGCGUACAAGGUAUUUCCGGAAAUCCCGGUACUACUGGUGCGCCUGGAAAAGAUGGUUGCGAUGGCCAAGACGGUAUACCCGGUCUACAAGGUUUGAGUGGUAUGGCUGGUCCGCGCGGCUAUCCAGGCCAGCCUGGCGUUAAGGGUGAGAAAGGUGAACCGGCAAAGGAAAAUGGAGAUUAUGCUAAAGGAGAAAUAAAAUAA